AUGCGGCAGCCUCCUGGUUAUGAAGAUAAGGCGUGGCCCAACCAUGUUUGUUUGCUUGAGUGGUCUUUGUAUGGGCUUAAACAGGCUCCCCGCGCUUGGUUUGUGAGGUUGCAGACUUUUCUGGUCUCUAUUGGCUUUGUUCCAUCUAAGACUGAUGUUUCUCUCUUUGUUUAUUCUCUCGGUGCGGUUCAUUUGUAUUUUUUGGUGUAUGUUGAUGACAUUUUGGUCAUGGGCUCGGAUUCGGCUCGUGUUGUUGAUCUUGUUGCUAACUCUUCUUGCUCAGUUAGCGUUAGAGUUCAAGCACUGGAAUUUCUGGUGGAACCUCCCGGGCAGGGUCACGGCCGGGAGGGUGACCGUGACCCAGAGCCCUCGUUUGGCCUCUCGGUACUGGAAUUUCUGGGCGGCUGUCACGGCCUGGGUCACGGCCGGGAUGUGGCCCGUGACCCAGAGCCUUCUGCUGCUCUGUGGCUACUGGAAUCGACGCCGAGGCAUCACGGCUGGGGUUACGGCCGUGAGCCUGGCCGUGAUCCAGCGCUCUCUUUUCGCACUUCUGUUCUUUUCGUGCCCAAGUUCGGUUUCACCUGCAAGUUAGUCCAAAAUAUUCCCUAA